AUGACAACUGUUUUACCCAGUUCUCGGACUGGAACAUCAUCAUCCGUCUACGCAUCCAGCCAUGACCCCGCGACUCUGCGCACUCACAAGUGGCGCAAUGUCGCCAACUCAGCUGCAUACCUUGUACCAUAUCUCAAGCCAGACAUGAAAAUCCUAGAUGUCGGCUGUGGUCCUGGAACCAUCACCAUCGACCUUGCCCGAUACGUUCCGGAAGGGUAUGUCAUUGGUGUCGAGUACGCCAACAAACCAUUGACUGCAGCGCGGGAACUUGCCGAGUCAGAAAAGGUAACCAAUGUGCAGUUUGCGAUUGCAGAUGCACUGGACCUCAACAAGUAUGCUGAUGACAGCUUCGAUGUGGUGCAUGCACAUCAGGUACUGCAGCAUGUACCGGAUCCGGUCAAAGCGUUGAAGGAGAUGAGGAGAGUUGCGAAGCCCGGUGGGAUCAUCGCUGCGAGGGAGUCGGCUGCCAUGACUUGGUACCCUAAAGUUCCUGAGAUUGAGCAAUGGUAUACUUUGCAUAUCAAAGUUGGAAAGGAGCUACUAGGGGGGAGCCCGGAUCCGGGUUCCUAUAUUCAUGUGUGGGCUCAGGAGGCUGGGUUCGCGAGGAAGGAUAUCACUUGUACUGCGGGGACGUGGUGCUUUAAUACGCCUGAGGAUAGGAAGUGGUGGAGCAGUGUCUGGACUCAGAGGGUUGUGACACCUAGGUCUAUCGAAAAUGCGGUUGACAGAGGUGGUUACUGUACCAAAGAGGAUCUGUUUAAUAUGGCCAAUGCCUGGGAGAACUGGGGGAGAGAUGAAAACGGAUGGUUUACCAUUCUUCAUGGUGAGAUAAUAUGUCGAAAGUAG